GACAGACCUCGGCCCGGGGGCCCAGCCGUGCGAGCAACGCUGCCAUUGGUUGAAAGGCGCUGUCCCUCUGAGACCGGAAUCCCCAUUGGCUGAAGCCUGGCGAGACGCUCACACGCAUAACGUCUGCCCGCUUUUGUUAUUGUACCGAGUCCAGGGAGAGAGCGAGAGGCUUCGGGAGAGCGAGCAGGAUGCACGAGCCGAGACAGCGAGGCUGAUAGAGUCUGGUAUCGACUUGGAUAGAGACGGAUAGUUUGGGAGGAGGGGGAAGGGGAUUCGGAUAGCCUAGCCACUACCUCACCAGUCCACGUUAUCCUUCUACUCCAGAUCGGGUCCCCCAGCGCCCUACAGAUGUCAGGAUGUCGGUGAACCCCCCCAACAGUAACGAUGCGUGCCUGAGCAUCGUGCACAGCCUGAUGUGCCACAGGCAGGGCGGCGAGAACGAGGGCUUCGCCAAGCGCGCCAUAGAGAGCCUGGUCAAGAAGCUGAAGGAGAAGAAGGACGAGCUGGACUCGCUCAUCACCGCUAUCACCACCAAUGGAGUCCACCCCAGCAAGUGUGUCACCAUCCAGAGGACGCUCGACGGCCGGCUGCAGGUCGCGGGGCGGAAAGGCUUCCCCCAUGUCAUCUAUGCCCGGCUGUGGCGUUGGCCUGACCUGCACAAGAACGAGCUCAAGCACGUCAAAUUCUGCCAGUACGCCUUCGACCUCAAGUAUGACAACGUGUGCGUCAACCCGUACCACUACGAGAGAGUGGUGUCCCCAGGCAUAGUGGGACUGAGUCUGCAGAACCCAGGUGAGUGUGGGUAUUCACCGCACCCAUCUCCACCCCUCUGCUCGGCUUCACUCUUCCGAAAAGGUCCGCCAGGCAGGCCCAUUAAGGAGGAGUACAUCCACGACUGCAUCCAGAUGGACGUCACGGCCGGCAUGCCCCCCCAGCCGGACCACCCUGGGUCGAUGAAGAUGCCCCCGCCCGAGCACUACGGCCAGCCCCUGCCCCCGCUGCAACUGCCCCCCGAGCCCCCACGAGCCCCCCCGCCAGUCACCCUCUACCCCAACAUACCCCUCUCCCCCACCGCCCCAGGCCCUAUGAUGCCCAUGUCAGGGGGCCUCGGCGGCGAUGGUCUCCUGCAGAUCGCCUCGUCUCAGGGUCAGGUGCUGGCAGCCUCCCCUCCCCCCUCCACCCCCACACACGGCCCCCCCCAACCUCCUCCCACAGCCCCCCAACCCCCUCCUCCCAACCAGAACGGCUACAGCACCCCCAAACACACGCAGACGCAAGGCACCUUCCACACCACGUGGACAGGCAGCAGCACGGCCUCCUAUACCCCCGUAGGACCCCAGCAGAACGGGCGCUCUCAUCAGCCGCCUCUCCACCACCCAUCCCACUUCUGGUCUCAGCACCACUCGGCUCCGAGUUUUCCCCCUCCUGUGUCCAAUCAUCCAGGGCCAGAGUUCUGGUGCUCCAUCUCGUACUUUGAGAUGGACGUCCAGGUGGGCGAGAUGUUCAAGGUUCUGUCCAGCUGUCCGGUGGUGACGGUGGACGGGUAUGUGGACCCGUCAGGAGGGGACCGCUUCUGCCUGGGGCAGCUAAGCAACGUGCACCGUACAGAGGCCAGCGAGAGGGCCAGGCUCCACAUCGGUAAGGGCGUGCAGCUGGAGUGCCGGGGUGAGGGGGACGUGUGGAUGCGCUGCAUGAGUGACCACGCCGUGUUCGUCCAGAGCUACUACCUGGACCGCGAGGCCGGGAGAGCACCUGGGGACGCCGUGCACAAGAUCUACCCAGGAGCCUACAUCAAGGUCUUUGACCUGAGGCAGUGCCACCGUCAGAUGCAGCAACAGGCGGCCACAGCUCAAGCAGCAGCUGCAGCUCAGGCGGCCGCAGUAGCAGGAAACAUCCCUGGCCCCGGAUCAGUAGGAGGCAUCGCUCCUGCAGUCAGUCUCUCUGCAGCGGCCGGCAUCGGAGUGGACGACCUGCGGCGCCUGUGCAUCCUGCGUCUGAGCUUCGUGAAGGGCUGGGGGCCCGACUACCCGCGGCAGAGCAUCAAGCACACCCCCUGCUGGGUGGAGGUGCACCUGCACCGGGCUCUGCAGCUGCUGGACGAGGUGCUACACACCAUGCCCCUCGCCGACCCCGGCCCAGCCAACUGAGAGGGGGAGAGAGAGAGAGAGAGAGAGAGGCCCGGCUGGGCAACAGAACAGCUACCCCACCUGCACUGGUGUGUUCCUGGGAGAUACACACACACACACACACACACACACACACACACACACAGGCAUACACCGACAGACAGACACACACACAGACACACAGGUAUACAAACAUACACGCAUGCACAGGUUUACACACAAGAGCACACAGAGGCACACACACACACACACACACAGAUGCAUACACCCACGUAUGUGCACACAAAAACAAAUAGAAACACAUGUAAGCUUACCUACUGGGCCAAAUCAAGAUGAGUGUUGAAUUUGCACCUGUUUAUUUUUCUUUCUUCUUCUUCUUCUUCUUCCUCCUCUUUCUCUUCCUCCUCUUCCUCUUCCUCCUCUUCCUCAGUAGCGUACUAAACAUGCAAAGGUUUAUACAACCAAAUGAUCACCACAGUCAUUGCUCAGCAAUGUGAUGAUGUAAGAAGGGAGGGUGUUUUUUUCUUCUUUUUUGUUUUCAUUUCUGCUGGUGUUGGUCUUGCACUGGUGCAGCGGCUCGACAAGCCCGCCUGAGAACGGCUCGACAAGCUAGAACGGCUCGACAAGCCAGAACGGCUCGACAAGCUCGCCUCAGAACGGCUCGAUAAGCUCGCCUCAGAACGGCUCGACAAGCCCACCUCAGAACGGCUCGACGAGGCCGCCUCAGAACGGCUCGACAAGCCCGCCUCAGAACGGCUCGACAAGCCCGCCUCAGAACGGCUGGACGAGGCCGCCUCAGAAUCCAAACACAACCGCGUGCAUGCAACUUGUUGAAACCCUCCUGCACUACUCUUUCAAUAACACAUACCAAACACUGUGUGCAGCUCACCACACAGAUCAUGCUAAUUAGUGAGUGAGGCUUCAGGUGGUCGCCGACUCUGAAAUGGAUCAGGCCGGAGUCUGUCCAGAAUCUGACCCCAGGGUACCGUUCCAGUAGUCCACUAUCUGGGUUUGCGCACUUUCUUUCUUAUCAUGACCUCAAACAGUAUGCAGGUGUAUGUGGAUCCCUGAAAUAUGUUUUAGAAAAGAUUUCACUAGAAAUGCAAUCACAUUUAUGACUUUUGAUAGGAGAGUUGUUUUGACGGUUUGAAUAGUUUUUUUCUUUUUCUUUUUCAGUCUCUCUCAUUCAGUGUGUCUUUCUUUGCACUGUAGCGUACAGUAUGUGGCGACAGGUCAAGGUUCACGUGCACAGGGUUUACAGCUCAUUGAGUUCAGGGAUAUAGCUUUAUUGUACAUAGAACUACGUAGCUUUGCACAGCAUUAUAUGACAAGCAGGAGACAGGAAGGAAAGAAACCUCAUCAAUCAAACCAAACAGUCAUUUGGAGGAAAAUCUCGCCUAAAUGUAUUUAAGGGAUCCAUUGUUUAUCAAGCACUUUCGUAACACGUUUAAGCUUUCAUACACACUCGUACACACACAAACACAUACCCCCAGAGCCAACAGAAAGACACACACACACACACAUACACACAAACAAGGGACUUAUCACGUCCAAACCUGGGAAACCAUUUCUAGAGGGACAACAGAAGGCCACAUGCAGGAUUCUAUUCACUAACACAAUACACAAUUCUUACUUCUGUCUAAACCCAUUCCAGUCCUACAGGAAUGUUCUGGAACUAUCAUGAUUUUGUCAUAGAACCUCAAGGCCAGUGAGAUAAUUCUAGAAGAUAGAGAUAGUUUAGACAUUAGCGUCGCAAACACCCUCCCCCACCCCAGUACUCGUAAAGUGGUCCUUUGUGCCUCACCCCUCCGUGUAGCCGUUUGACCUUUUGACCUUUUCACACAACCUCUUGUCAGUUUGGUAGCCUCGCUACCUUGCUAGCCAUAUUCACAACCAUGCAAGGCAUCAGCCCACCAACGUAUUUAUUUUCAUACAAAACAAAGAUAGACAUACAAUAAUACAAGAUUAAUACAAAUGUGUCCAGAUGUUCAGCUUUAAUAACAAUACAUUGUGACAUUGGUGUGUAUCUGUGAAGAGUAGGUUCGGUGUUUAUAACCAAAUCCUUUUUUGCCAUGCGGAGAGAGACGAUGCUCACCAAAGCCAGAUUACCUCAUGACAGCCCAACUGAACUCAGUGUUUAAACUGUUGUUUUUCUUUUUCUAUCUUUUGUCCUAAGCCAAAUACACUCUACCUUUGCAUCUCUCAUCAGAUAGCUUCGAAACUUUGUGGCAAUCAAAUAGGGAUCUGAAAUCGUGAGACCUUAGAGAGACAACCAGUUAGGAUUCACAAACCCCACCCCCAACCAUCACCCAGACCAGCAAAUACAUGGGAAAACAGCUCUGUAGAUUGCAGUGCAUCGUAAACCAUGUUCACUUGUCUGUUGUCUGUGUACAUUUAAUUGUUUCAUGUAACCAUGGUGAGUGAGACCGGAAUCCUACCUAAGAACCCAAUACAAAGUGUCAGAGCGAGCAGGACUGAGAUUCUGACCAAAUAUUCUAGAGCACUGCGCCCUAGAAUAUUUGAGUCUGACUAACAGAUUGGUUACAUCGGACACAUAACUGAAGCGUUCCACUGCAACAAUUACUGUAGCUUCCACUUUAACCAGUGGAGCUGGCUACACCAGAUGUGAUGGCAACACGCACAUUCGAACAGCGUUCUAAAGCUAUUGUCAUGCUCUGCGAACUGAACGCCUCUGUUGAGCACCCAGUGUAGUCCGGCUGUUAGGAUCUGCAUGGUGACGAGUGUAGUCUUAGUUGAAGUGAAGACCAUGUCUACAUGGUCAUCCUGGAGUGAGCUUAAUACGAGUUGUUUUUGUUUGUGUUGUUGUUUGUCCGUGAGGUUAGAGUAAAGGACCUGUGUGCCUUCCAUGACAUGGCCUCUCUACUCGCUCUCUGAGACACCUACGCGCACGUACACCCACGGCACAUCAGUUCCAGAGCUAAUCCCAGGCACCUGGACAUUCAGCUCUAGAGAACUGGAACUAUGGUUCAUCUGCCUGCCACUGGUUGAGUAGAAGAGCUCUAGAAGGCUCUAGAGAACUGGAACUAUGGUUCAUCUGCCUGCCACUGGUUGAGUAGAAGAGCUCUAGAAGGCUCUAGAGAACUGGAACUAUGGUUCAUCUGCCUGCCACUGGUUGAGUAGAAGAGCUCUAGAAGGCUCUAGAGAACUGGAACUAUGGUUCAUCUGCCUGCCACUGGUUGAGAAGAAGACCUCUAGAAGGCUAUUCACACCAAGAACGAUAGUGAUAAAGAUAACUGAAACUAUAACGAUAUUAGUGUCGUUAUCGUUGUAUCUUAUGUGUGGACGUCGUCAUUCAUAUUAGCUAGAGCUAUACUUUUUUGCCGUUAUCAUUAUAGUUAGCAUUCUUGGUGUGAGCGGCCCUUCAGCCAACGCAUAAUAUAUGGUUAAAUAAGUAUAAGUAUAUAUACUCUUUUGAUCCCGUGAGGGAAGUUUGGGAGGGAAAAAAUGAGCCCUUUGCUGGUGCAGGUAAAUGCCUGUAAUGAGUUAAAUGUGCAGUAUUUGGUAUUGAACCUCUUGGCAGUUUGCCACUAUGAAUGGAGUGAUACUUUCUUAUGCGUACAAGUUCACUAGAUUCACAAAAUACACCAGUUUCAUAAUUGGCUUCUACAGUAUUUUAGACAGAUGCUCACUAAAGUUGUGUGUGAUUGUCACAGGACUCCUUAGCUUCAUGGUGAGGAGAGUGGGGGAAUGGGUUCCUUUUGUUCCAGAACGAUCGUCGUCUAGCCACUCCAAACCUCUGCUGAUGUCUUUUUCGUGUACUUACACACUGCCAGUAUGUCUGCAGCUGACGAUGGUGGAAGAGUUGGUCAUUUGUAGUCGUUGUCGAUGUCAGCUCUUGUCUCGGCCAGAGUUAGCAUUUUACUUGAACCUUCAAAGGACUGACAUGUCAAAAUCUUGUCAAGGCAGAUGUCAAAUGCUGCCGUACAUAGCUCAGUAAUAGUAAUAGUGUCAUCACACCUUGCUGCUCUUUGCUGUGAGAUGCUAAAUGCUAAAUGACAUGUGACAUUAUGCUGUUAUGGUAUAUAGAGAGCUGUGAUGAAAGCUACGGAUAAAAGUGCCAUGGCAUUGUGAAAUCAUUGGACAUCAGCUGUUAUGAUUUGUGCAUCUACCAUAAGAAAGAAAAUCUAAAAAGAGAUCGUAUCCUCUUAGACAACAGUGAAAAGAAAAGCGAGAUUUCUAUAGAGACUAAAUGAUUCCUACGCUGGGAAAGGAGGGGUCUCAGUAGGAUCACUAAUCAUGUUUAGUUUUGACCAAACCUUUAGAUACAAAAUGCCCUCCUCUGUUUCUCUCUUAAGACGACGCUGAUGUUUUGGGAAGUGCUGAUGUUUUCACACAUUUUCACAAUCAAGUGCAUUUAACUAGUCUAUGACAAGAACACAGUUCACAGCUGGAGUGAAGAGAAGUAGCCAGGAGAUCCUUUUUUAUCAAUUAUGGUAGAUUUUUACAAUAAAGUGCCUCAUCUAAUUUCUGUCUCAAGAUGCCUCUCCUAAGGAAUUUUAGGAGACUUAUCUGUGUUUAAUUAGUACAUAAUUGAAACAAUAAUGAGAUUCCAUCCAGAUCUCCUGAGCUUUCAGAUACAUCUUUGAAAAUGCAAGUGUCCCUAUGGACUGCUUUAAUAUUUUUAUGACAUGGUUAUGUCUGUCUUAUGAAGUAGGGUUCAAGUAAAGUGUUAACGGCACGAGUAAGAAGUAUUGUUGUGACCUACUUUCUGUCACCCGUCACUGUUUCCUGUUUCUGGUCUGUGCCUUCAUCGUUGCAUCAUUCCAGAUCGAUUAAGUGUAGUGUUGUGCUAUCAGGCCCAGUUUGGAAAAUAAAAUAUAUUUGGAUAGGCACUUUAGUUCAUUUGGAUGAUUUCAUUCAUCAGUAGGACUGGUAGACCUUGUUUCCAUUUUAUAUGAGAAAAAAAUCAUACACUUCUAAUAUGUAAUAUGUUGUAUAACAGUACAAUCAUGAUUUUUUAGAGAUAAACACAGUCCGUUAAUAUUCUGAAAUAGAUCUAAAUUGGUAACUAGAUGUUCUAAGGUACUGUAAACCUGCUGUUGUGAGCUUAGACUUAUUUGCAAUGCUUUGAGGGGGAGUCGGGUAGCUUACCUGCUGUUUUGUGACGAUAAUCGUGAAAAAAAAAAAAAAUUUUGCUUGACCAUCUUUUUUU